UGAAUUAGUAUGGAUUUAGCUAUAGUAUAAUAUAGUUUUAGCAUGAUGUAGCUGUAUAUAUGGAGCUUUGGCUUGAUUCUGCAUGCUUUUCACUUCAGUAUUAAGUAUUAGGAUGACGUAGCCUGACUUCAGCAGAUGUUAUAUUCGUUGGAUUUAGCAUCAUUUAGCUUUAGUAUGAUUUUUGCAUAGAUUUUAGUGUGAUUUGAUAUUAAUGAAGCUACAUCCUGAUUUGCUUAUAGUUAGUAUAUUUUGCUCUACAUUUAGCUUUAGUACUUUGUUGGUAGUUUACCCUGAACAUGAUUUAGUUAUCUGGUUUAGCAUGUCUUAGCUGUAAUUCAAAAUUAUUUAUUUCUAGAAUAAACCGCUGACGUGAUUUAGUUUCAGUGUGAUUUAGCACAUUUUGAGUUUGGUAUGAUUUAGUCUUAUUGCUUUAGCUAAAUCUUUAUAUUUCUCACUUGGUAGAGCUGUAGUUAAACAUCUGUUUUGCUUUAGUAUUUAAAAACUUUGCCUUAAGCACAGUUUAGUUUUCAUGAUUUAGCAUAAUUUAGCUUUAGUAUCAUUUAGCCUUACUAUUUAACGACCUGUAUGCUUAGCAAUAUAUAGCGUUAGCAUAAUUUAGUAUAGACUUAUUUUUGGCAUAUUAUGUACUUACUCUGAACAUGAUUAGCAUGAUUUAUAUUGUAUAAGGUGAGCAUCCAUCUAACGUAGCAUGACUAUAACCAUGGUAGCAUGAUUUAGCUUUACUUACUUUUAGCGUCUUUAGCCAUGCUGUCAAAUUUGCACUACAUUUCAUAAACUCUGUCGAUUUACUUUUUUUUUUUGAGUAUUUUCAUUGCUUGUUUUAACAGGUCAAGAGAAGGUGUUCGAGUGGCAUAGUUAUAGAUCAUGAUCAGUGAGCACUAAAAUGGUUCUGUUUGGGUAAAAUGAUUUUUAACUAAACAGGCUUCAGAUGAGCAUUGGUCCUUUAACUGCCUGAGGCGUAUUAACAGAUUUUUCUGUCAUUACUCCUCUAAUGUAUCAAGUCUUGCUCUUAUCCCUGAAGGGAACACCUUUGUUUCCUCCCUCCUUAUCCCACAGUUUCUCUUGUGCGGUGCUAACAGCUGAAAUGGUUAAGAAGAUUUGGCAGCUCAGGCAACCAGCCAGCCGGUGAGGGAGGAACCGGCUUCCGGGGGCCAGAGGCAGGCAGCUCACUUGCCUGGGAUUAAGUGGGAUCGAGAGCGAUUACAGCCCUCUCUCUCGUUCCCCUGUUGCUCGAUGAAAGUGUAGGGCUCUGUCCAAUCUCAGGGGACUAUAUUUUCCCAGCAAAUUUCUAUUUUUCGGCAUCUUUAUUGGAGGAGGAGGAGGUGGAAGAGGACUUGAAUACCUGUAAAGACCCCAGGUGUAAAGGUUUACAUCCCUCCUGGUGAGCAGACAGGUGGUGGGGAGUCCUGGUACCAUGAGGCAGGCGGUGGAGGCUCAGGUAAUGAGCCCCCCCUUUGAACUCGGAGAGCAAGGCCUGCGUCAGAUCCUAUCAGACGUGAUCCAGGAGGUGAGGCGCUCCAUCAGUCAGGACAUUGAUGGUGCAGACAUCCUCCACAGUCUGCUCACUGCAUCCUGGCUCCAGUCGCUCCUUAAGGUUUACGAAUGUCUUCAAAGGUAUCUGACGGACUCGCCGGCUCCAAUCCUGGAUUAUGCUUCUGGGCUCUCCCUUCAGUUGCUGAUGGACAUCAGAUCGCUGCCCUGCUGCUCUGAAGAGGCCAAGGAGCUGUACCGUCUCCUCCGUCAGCCCCACAUGCAGGCUCUACUGUCGGCACACGACACGGUGGCCCAGAAGGACUAUGAGCCCGUGCUGCCGCCGAUGCCGGAGGAGCUGGCAAACGAAGAAGAGGCCACUCGGAUCGUCUGCCUGGUCAAGAACAAACAGCCUCUGCUUUGCGAGCUGAGUGCUGCCUCCCAUGCUCGUCCAAGAAGGUGUAGCUCAGGGAUGGGAAGUAGCUGGAGCGUUCACAACGAGGAGACAUCCGCACCGCAGAUGCUCCGCCGUUGCUCCUGUUGUGACACCCAGAGGACCUGCGGCCGACCGGCUGAGCCGCCGUGUCGCCCGGCGGGACUCCGAGCGCACCUAGCGCCUGGACACCAGGUGUGCUGUAGCAGGAAGAUGAUUGGCUGUAGAGCGUGUUCCACUGAUCUGCUCUUGGAACAAAGGUUGAACCAGUCGGUACCGUCGGUCUACAGCCCCCAUGGGUUCGACGACCCUGCUGAAGAGCUUGGAGGUGCAAGCAGGACAGCCCCGUUCACCGGCGCGCCGCAUCCUUCCUUUCUCGGUGGACCGUGCUGCUUUGACAAAGGCCCCUACCUUCAGCCAGGCCUCCCUCACAGGCUUCGUGCACAAAGCCCCUGCAUCCGCACGGCUCCCCCGAGCCCCAUGCAACAUGGGCGGGUGCUGGAGGAGACCCCCGUGCAGCUGGCCAAGCAGGAGAGCCUGGAUGAGCUGAGAACCACGGUGCAGCUGGCAGCCAGCUCAAUGGAGAGCAGCAGCAAAGACAUCAGAGUCCUGGGAGAGAGGAUGGUGGCCGCCACGGAGCGCAUGACAGAGACGGUGCAGUCCAUGGUCCUCCUCACUCAGGUGGUGGACCGGCUGCAGACGCUCCUCACCACCGCCCGCAACGACAUAAACACGGUGAAGAUUUCAGACGCCGAGCAGUGUUCAUCUGUGACGCAGCAGUCCAGAUGUUCCUCCUCAUCCAGCGCCGGCUCUCUGGAGGCUCCCUCCACCUCCAAGGACCCCCCUCCUCUCCCAGCAUCCCGUCAUGGAUCUCCACCUGGCAGGGUCAGGACGAAACCAUCCCGCCCUGGUGACCUGGGCGUGUCCAAAGGUCCAGUCACCAAUGGCGAGCUGGAUGAGCUGGCGAAGGCAGCCAGCAAUGCCAAGGCAUGUCGCUGCAACCAGAGGAGGAAGAAAAAGAAGAGGAAGAAACAGAGCUGAGAGAUGAUGCUGUGGCUCCAAACUGGAGCGACCAUAAAGAGAAACGAGAUCACAGGAGAGAUUUUCGUGGCCCGUGUGAUUCAUGGAGGGCUGGCGGAUCGAAGCG